AUGACCGAGACUUUGGUAGUGCAGAAUCCCGUCCUCGAGGAUCCCGCCGUCGCGACUCCAAACAAGCGACCGGCUGAUGCCGACAAUGAUCCAUCGCCGCCCCCGGACGACAAUGAACCCCCGGCCGCCACGACGCUCUCCCCACUGCAGAUCGCGACGGUAAUGUCAUGCCUCUGCGCGUGCGUCUUCGUGACCGCCCUCGACAUCACCAUCGUCGCCACCGCCGUCCCAGCCAUCACCCACGACCUCAACUCCGGCACGGGCUACACGUGGAUCGGCGCCGCCUUCACCCUCACCCACUGCGCCGCCACGCCGGUGUGGGCCAAGAUCUCCGACAUCUGGGGCCGCAAGUCCAUCCUGCUGUGGGCGAAUGCAAUCUUCUUCGCCGGCAGCCUCGCCUGCGCCCUGUCCAAGCACAUCGACGCCCUCAUCGCGGCGCGGGCGAUCCAGGGACUCGGCGCAGGGGGGAUGGCGACCAUCGUGAAUGUUUGUAUCAGUGAUUUGUUCUCACAGAGGAAACGCAGCUUUUAUUACGGAUUGACGUCGGUCGUCUGGGCCUUGGCAAGUGGGAUUGGGCCCGUUCUUGGGGGCGUGUUCACUUCGAGGAUAGGUUGGCGUUGGUGUUUCUGGAUCAACCUCCCCAUAACCGGCGCCGUCUUCCCGCUCCUCUACUUCACAUUGAAGUUGCCCAACCCGAAAACCCCCAUCCGAGCCGGCCUGAAGGCCAUCGACUGGACAGGAAGCUUCCUGAUACUGGGUGGCGCAGUCAUGCUUCUUUUGGGACUGCACCUCGGUGGUGAGGUGAGCCCGUGGGGAUCGCCCACCAUAAUCUGCCUCCUCGUCUUCAGCUUCGUCGCGGGCGGUCUGUUCAUCGUGAACGAGUCCAAGGUCGCCAGAUACCCAGUCAUCCCGAUGAGGCUGUUCAGAAACCGGUCCGCCGCAGCCUCCUUUGCCGUCAACUUCCUACAUUCCUUCACCUUCAUGGGAGUGGCCUGGUAUCUCCCCCUGUACUUCCAGGCAGUUCUCCUGUCCAGCCCCCUGAUGUCGGGCGUGUACCUACUUCCCUUCAUCGUCUCGUCAUCCGUGGCGGCUGCUCUCACAGGCGCGUACAUCCAAUGGUCCGGGAGGUACCUCCCCCCGAUCUUCUGCGGCCUGGUCUGCACGACGCUGGGUGUCGGGCUGAUGAUCGACAUCGGCGUCGAGGCGCACUGGGGCAAGCUAAUAGCCUACCAGCUCGUGGGGGGCGCCGGCUUCGGCAUGAACAUCGAGGGCCCCUUGCUGGCCGUCCAGACGACCGUCCCGGCGCAGGAUGUCGCGGUCGCGACGGCGGCGAUGAGCUUCACGCGGACCAUCUCGACCGCCAUCUCGAUCGUGAUCGGCGGCGUCAUCUUCCAAAACGAGAUGUCGCGGAAGAGGGGGAGCCUGGAGGGCCAGCUCGGUCCGGCUGUCGCUGAGUUGCUGGGCGGGGGGUCGGCCGCGGCGAAUGUGGAGGUUGUUCAGAGCCUACCGGCGGAGCAGCAGGUCAUCGCGCAGAGAGCCUUCUACGAGGCGAUCAGAACUAUAUGGAUAUUGUAUGUUGCAUUUUCGGGCGCCGGCUUGCUCUUUGGCUUGCUGAUCAGGGGCAACCACUUGAACACAGAUCACGAGGUGACAAAGGUUGGAUUGGAAGAGUUGACGGGGGGCCAGUCGACUGACCAGUCUCGGUCUAACAGGGAUAACUCUGCGACUACUCGCAGAACUGAAAGCUGA